AUGAAGUACGGCCAGCAGCUGGAGACCGAAUCUGUGCCGGAAUGGAGCCUCCAUAACAUUGACUACAACACGCUCAAGGAGUUUAUCAAGAUCCAUACUACACGCGACCAGGCCACCGCCAUCCCCAUUCCUGGACAGCAGGACACUUCUCUCCAACGUUUUGAACUUAACUUCUAUGAUGAACUAUAUCGCCAACAUGACCGUGUCGGCCUUUUCGUCACCACAAAGGCAGAUGAGAUCAACCGGCGACUACCUCGCGGCGCCACAACUUUCAAGCGUCAGCGCCGCCUUGCAAAAUACGAACGCACCGCAGCGCAGCUGAGCGACGAGACCCGGGACCUGGCCCGGUUCUCGAAUGCCCAGGUUGUCGCCUUCCGCAAGAUCCUGAAGAAGUACAGAAAAUGGACUGGUUCAAGCUCUCUUGGCACUCGUUUCCGCGAAAACGUGCUCUCUGAUCCCAAGAGCUUCACCAAGCGAGACUUCUCCCACCUUCAGAGCCAAUGCGACGAGCUUCUCAACACCAUCCGAGCCACCACUCCCCUCACCUCCUCACCCACAUCCAACAGCCGACCGCCCACGCCAAGCAGACAACAUCGGCGCAGCAGCCAGGUUCAUUCGUCUUCCUCCUCCACGCUGCAGGCGCUUUCUUCGUCGGUCGGGUCUGAGCAAAUACAUAUACCACGCGGUCCAAAGACUCUCACCACUGCCCCCGUGCAGACGCACUACUGGAACGAGUACGAUGAUGGGAGCGAGUCGGGCGAAGUUGGUGGAGCUGGAAGUGGCGGCUACGCCAUAUAUCUGCACCCCGAUGAUGAGUCGGAGUUCCCGGGUGUGGCAACGCUCGUGUCCUUUUUCACGGUUCCCAUCGAGAAGGCCAAGAAGUGGAUGAACGCCCGGGGAGCUGCGGUUGCGCAUCUGCCUGACAACGGUAGCGAGCACUCGCCACUGCUGUCUCACAGCGGCGUCAACUACGGAGCCGGCAGCACUCUGUAUGCCGACGAGUCAGCGUCGCAAAGACGGCUGCGACGACAGAAUGGCAAGACGCCCGGCCGUGCCGGAAUGGCCGCUAUGGGCUCGGGGCAUUACGACGACGUUAGCCAUUACGGCGACGACGACGACGGCGAAGACGGGGACAGCGCCGGUGAGGAGGGCGAAGACGACAUGUUUGCCAGUGAACACGAGUUCCCUCAGGGGUAUGAGACCUACUACGCAACGCUGCCGUCCGUCGCCGACCAGCGCAUGGCCCGCUAUCGUGAGACGAUCCUGCUUCGCGGCGCAUUCGGCUGCUUUGCUGCUGCUGCUGUGCUGCUGGCUGUAACCGGCAUCUUGAUCAGCACGGGUCGGCAUCGGCUACGCGUCGAGGUUGACGCUGGCGUGAUUAUGGGUGUCGUGGCCAGCCUGGGCUUCGCCUGCGCAGCACUGGGCAUGGUCAUGGCAAAGAGCGAACGAACCACGCUUGCAACAGGCCUGCUGGUCUGGACGACGUUUGGCGCUAUCUGCGUCCUCAACGGCGUUGUGCUGCUGUUUGUGAUGGGAAACACCGUCAGGGCAACAGGCGAUGUAAUGAUUGGAAGCCCAAAUUACGCGACCAUUGCUCAACGCACGCUCACCAUGGCAUCGGCGUCUCGUCAGCCGCGCGAGAUGCCGAGGUCUUUAUCGAGUCUUGCACUGCUGGUAGCCGCUGCAGCCUUGGCAUUGGCUGUGGCCUACUUUCGUGACAGUGUUAAUUUUGGCACGUCUUUGCAGUCAGCAGCAAGCGCACCGCAGACGUACUGCUACGAGGGAAUCAAGACUCUGGCCGAGGACCAGCCGUCGGCGCGGUGCUUCAGUGUCGUGGACGGGCACUUUACAGAAGUUUUCACUCCCGAGAACGAGCUGGACAGUCCGAGCCUCUCUGGAUAUGUUAUUCCAGGUCUCUGGGACGGCCAUGGACAUCUCAUCCAAUAUGGGGAAUUUCUUCAGUCGGUCGACCUGUUUGGGUCCACGGCAGCCAAAGACAUCAGAAAGCGCCUCCUAGAUUACAUCGGCACGCACCAGGGCAUAGGCUCCAAGGACCAAUGGCUACGAGGCUUUGGAUGGGACCAGAUGGCCAUGGGUGGUAUGCCCACUGCUGCUCUGCUGGAAAGCGACGAGAAGCUCAAGGGCCUCUACGUGAUGCUAGACCGUAUUGACGGUCAUUGCAUCUGGGUGUCCCAGGCCGUCCUCGAUCUCCUUCCCGCCCAAAUUCCCGACGUGCCCGGUGGCGAGAUCAUACGCGACCCUGGCAUGGGCGUGUUUUGUGACAACGCCAUGGACCUGAUCAUGUCUCUGUGGCCGCGACCAGGCCGAGAAGUCAAGGCCACAUACAUCAGGACAGCAAUGCAGAAGCUGAGCUCUCUGGGCCUGGUUGGCAUGCACGACGCCGGAGUGAUUCCCGAGGACCUGCAGCUGUACCGGGAGCUGGCUGACACAGAGGGCUGGACGAUCCGCGUGAACGCUAUGAUCGAGUGCAAGGAGCGCAACACGUUCUGCCCCAACGAGGCGGUCGGGCUGCGACAGACGACGAGCGAGUUCCUGACCAUUCACGGUGUCAAGCUGUUUGCCGACGGGGCGCUGGGAAGCUGGGGCAGCGCCAUGAUCGAUCCCUACAGUGACCGGCCGGACAUGUCGGGCUCGUUGCUGGUGAACGGCUCGACACUCCUGUCGCUGACGCGAGACUGGUCGGAGGCGGGCUUCCAGGUGAACAUCCACGCCAUUGGAGAUCUGGCGAACCGCUACGCCAUCGACGCCUUGGAGACGGCGCUGGUCGAUCUCUGUCCUUCACGGCCGCCGGCCGAGUGCCAGCAUGAGCAUCGCUUCCGUAUCGAACACGCUCAGAUCAUCCACCCCCAUGACCAGGCUCGGCUGCACUCUCUCGCGCUCAUCCCGUCAAUCCAGCCAACGCACGCCACGUCGGACAUGAAGUACGCCGAGCUGCGGCUGGGCUCCAAGCGGACGCGGGAGGAGGCGUACCGGAUGAAAACGCUGCUGCGCAACCGGCCCAUCCUAGGCAGCGAUUUCCCCAUUGAGCCGCCAGAUCCGUUCCAGGGCAUAUACGCCGCCGUGGUCCGGCGCAGUCCGCACACGGGGAAGAAUGCGGACGGGACGAACGAUCCCUGGUACCCCGACGAAGCGCUAACGCUGGACGAGGCGCUGCUGGGUUUCACGCAGGGGCCGGCGUACGGGGCCUUCCUCGAAGAACUGGCAGGCGUCAUCCAGGUGGGCGCCUUUGCCGAUUGGGUCGUACUGGACAAGCCGAUCAGCAGCUUCGACCUGGAGGACUUCCGCGACAUGAAGGUCAGGGAGACCUGGGUUGGCGGAAAGCUGUCCUACAAGAGGGAGUGA